AUGACUGAAACCGGUCGAGAUCAGAUGGAAAACCGCGUGGAAUCGUUUGAAGAUGCAUCUCGAUGUGGCCUUCCAAGGUGCCUGAAGAUGGGGCGAGCUCUGGCUCACAUCGAGGGGUGCAAGGAGACUAACAAAGGUUGCCAGAUCUGCAAACAGCUGAUAACUCCUUCUUGUUCCAAUGGUGAAGGCUGCCAGAUAAAGUAUGGAAUGUCUCACUGGAACAGCAUUAAGCGCAAGCUGAAGCAAGAUCAAGCACUAGCACACAAACAGAAAGGGGCACCAAAGAGGCGACGUAUAGAAUUCUCGGAAUCUGGAACCUCUGGCAGUUCCGGAUCCUCUAGUCAUGGUUACAGAUCCCCCAAUGCCAUGUCCCUUGUCAGAGGACAUACAGAGGCCGUGAGUAUGGCUGAGGGAGACAUGGACAUGGUUUCUCGUGAUCGGCUGAAUGCAAACUCUCCUAUCCCUAAUGUUACCUUGCAACCUCUCAUGGUUGCUCAAUCUCCAGCACCCAACAUCCAACCACUACAAAACAUGGGACAGGAUGUUGGAGGUGAUCUAGAUGAUGAGAUGGAUUUAGGAGUACCCAAAAACCAUGACUUCAUCUCCCAUGUCCAAGAUCCACAGAGCAGUCCAUAUGCUAAGAAAGUGAUCUCGUCCAUGAAUCCUCUUUAUCGCGGUCCCUUGGCUGGAAAUCCUACGACGGGGAAACCACCCACGUCUGCCUCACAGCAGCAACAGAAGCAGUACUCACAGACAAUGUCAGCACAAGUUCCUGCCGAUGAGUCCCAGGUGCUUGAGCAAAGAAUGCAUGAGCGGCCACCACUCACCGCUGAGUGCAUGGAAUCUGGGCAAUCUCUGCGAGAACAAAGGGAAAAGCAGCCUCAGUGUGCUGAUCCGGAAAAGCGGAAGUUGGUUCGACAGCAAUUGGAACUCAUCCUUUGCGCCCUAAAAUGCCAAAGACAAAAGAACCAGAUCAACGAAGAUGUGUUUCAGCAACGUGGGAAGCAAUUCCAAGGCCUGCAGGAAACUCAGGGUGCUGUUGGACAAUCCCAGGAGCCUCAAUGGCAUAUGGCACAAAGACUUCCUGGAAUUACAGAUAUGACUCAGGCCCAAAAUGAGCAUAUCGAUUUUCGGCAGCAACAAGAGCAACCAUAUGGACUGGCACAAGUCACAGCUACUUCCAUGCAUGGUUCAAAGAAAUGGCAGGAGAGUGUUUCCCUUGAACUCAGGAAUCAUAUCGUCAAGAAAGUACUGAGAGCGAUCUUCCCCACCAAAGAUCAGAUUGUGGUGCACGACAGACGCAUGCAGAUUCUAGUCACCUACGCGCAGAAGGUGGAAAGAAACGCCCAUGAGAGGGCCAACUCAAGAGCGGAGUAUUUUCUCUUGCUGGCAGAGAAAAUAUACAAAAUUCAGACAGACUUGGAGAAGAGGCGACAGAGGAGACAGGGCGGUCAUGAGGUGAAUGGGUCUCAAGGACAACAACAGCCUCGAGAAGAAGGAGUCCAUCAACUGGGUGAGUCUGAUCUGCAGAAAUAUUCAAUACAUUCCAUUGGUGACCUGCUGCAUUUACCCUGA